AUGGCCGAAAGAUUGAAGGCAGUGAUUGGCCACUUGAAUUACAACUUACAGAAUGAAAAGCAGAAUCCAGUUUCAGCAGUGUCCGAGUUACCAGUGACCUCUGGUUUCAAGUACACGGUGGAUAACAGGAAACUGACAUUCCAGCAGCGGCAGUUUUAUGAGGACAACGGUUUCUUGGUCAUCAAAAAGCUGGUGCCUUCAGACAAGCUCCAAAAAUACAGGGACAGGUUUGCAGAAAUCUGCAGACGUGAUGUGGUUGUUCCUGGUUUGACAGUUAUGCGGGACAUUGCCAUCAAGAACUCAGAGUUUGUCCCUGGUGAGCAGGCAGUUACUAAGAUUCAGGAUUUCCAGAAUGAUGACGUUUUAUUUGAAUACUGCACUUUACCAGAGAUUAUAGACUACGUGGAAUGUUUCACCGGACCAGACAUUGUGGCUGCACACACCAUGCUGAUUAACAAGCCACCCGACUCUGGUAAACUGACCUCCAGACAUCCCAUGCACCAAGACUUGCACUACUUUCCGUUCCGACCAGCGGACCGAAUCGUCUGCUCCUGGACUGCUAUGCAAACAAUCAACAGGGAAAAUGGCUGCCUGGUUGUGGUUCCUAGCACCCACAAGGGGCAGUUACUGGUGCAUGAGUACCCAAAAUGGGAGGGUGGAGUCAACAAGAUGUACCAUGGGAUACAGAACUACAGCCCCAGCCAACACCGGGUCCACCUGGAGAUGGAAGAAGGGGACACAGUUUUCUUCCACCCCCUCCUCAUCCAUGGUUCAGGGGCCAACAGGUCAAAGGGAUUCAGGAAGUCCAUCUCCUGCCAUUUUGUCUGGGGGAAAGCCCACUACAUCGACAUCGCUGACACAGAGCAGCAGUUUAUCGCUGACGAGGUUCUAGAACUUGUCCAGAAGAGACUGGGUCCUGACAUCAACAUUACAUUCCACGACAUCUGGAAAUACAAAAGUCGCAAGGUCCGAGGAGAAGACCAGUUCACAAAAAAUGCAUACAAGUGA